AUGGAUGAAAUUGAUACUGAACUUUUGAUAACCUUGGUGGAAGUAAGACCUGUUCUGUGGGACAAAACUCUAGAUGCGUAUAGAGAUCGUAUUGCUACAAAGAAUGCUUGGCGGGAAGUUUGCGUAGCACUGAAGCAAGAUUUUGAUGAGAUGGAAGACAAAGAUAAAAAUGCGUUUGCCGGGCUGUUCGAAGAGGGCUCGCCCCCAGAGUGGGCGUUCGCCUUUCAGUCGGCUGUGGACGCCAUCAACCGGCAGACGGCGUCGUGGGCGCCGCAGCGCGUGUUCCGGCCCACGCUGGAGCCCGUCCUCAGGACGCUCAGCCGCGGCGACAGCUUCGGCACAGGCCGCGCAGUGUGCAACCUGACGUCUGAGGGCGUGGCCGGCAUCAUCGGCCCACGGCAGAGCGCCUCCACGGACAUCGUGCGCUCCGUGUGCGACCGGCUGGAGAUCCCGCAGAUCGUCACCAACUGGGACCCGCGGCCGCCGCUGAGGCGCGCCUACCAGUUCAACCUGCACCCCGACGCCAAGUUCAUCGCCCAGGCGCUGGUGGACGUGCUGCGCGAGCUGAAGUGGCGGUCCUACACGGUGCUGUACCAGGGCGACGAGUCGCUGGUGCGCCUGCGCAGUGUGCUCCAGGAGAGGGAGCCCCGGGAUCCGCCCGUCGCCGUCCGACAGCUCAGCCAAGACGGCGACCACAGACCGCUGCUGAAGGAGAUCAGGCAGUCUGGAGAGACGCGGCUGGUGCUGGACUGCGACACGGAUACGGUGCCCGAGGUGAUGCGCCAGGCCGAGGAGAUCAAGCUCAUCGGCGUCUACCAGUCCUACCUCAUCACCUCGCUGGACACGCACACACUGGACCUGGGUCGCUACCAGCAGAGCGGCGCCAACAUCACGACGCUGCGGCUCGUCCAGCCGGACAGCGAGCUCGUGCUGAAGAGCAUGCAGGACUUCCAGUACCUGCGCACGGCGCAGCCCAUCCACAUUAGACCGGAGACUCUGCGGACGGAGACGGCGCUGGUGUUCGACGCGGUGCACGUGCUGGCCAACGCGCUCUUCAAGGGCAGCACGGCGCAGCCGGUGCGCGAGCAGCGCCUGCCCUGCCACAGCGGCGUCGGCGCCGUCUGGGACCACGGCAUCGGCGUCCGCGAGUUCAUCCGCGACAUGCGGCACGAGGGCCUGUCCGGAGACAUCCUGUUCGACGCGAGCGGCUCGCGCGUGCGCUUCUCGCUGGACGUGCUGGAGUCUUCGUCCAGCGGCUUCCAGCGCGUCGCCACCUGGACUCCGCAAGAGGGCUUCCUCUCCAGCCGCACCGAGACGCAGGCGCAGCGACAGACGCAGAGCAUCAUAGAGGGCCGACACCUCAUCGUCUCAUCCCGCCUGGAUGCACCAUACUUGCGUAUGAAGGCGCCCACUACACCUCCACGAGUCGGCAACGACCGUUACGAGGGCUACUCCAUGGACCUCAUCGCCAACAUCGCCGAGCUGCUCAACUUCACGUUUGAAUUCAAGCUGGCGCCAGACGGCGAAUACGGAACGUACGACAAGAGGAAGGGCACCUGGAACGGCCUCGUCGGAGAACUCAUCAACGGGAGGGCUGACCUAGCUAUAUGUGACUUGACCAUAACGGAAGAAAGACAGUCUGCAGUCGACUUUACUAUGCCAUUUAUGAAUCUCGGCAUCAGCAUCCUCUACACCAAGCCCGAGAAGCCCCCACCCAACCUAUUUUCUUUUUUGGACCCAUUCACGAUAGAUGUAUGGAUCUACAUGGCAACUGCUUUUCUUGGUGUAUCUGCGAUUUUCUUCGUGUUAGCAAGAAUGGCACCGAAUGAAUGGACGAGACCGCAUCCCUGUGAUCAAGACAGCUCAGAACUGGAAAACACGUUCAGCUUGAUAAACAUUCUUUGGUUCACAAUGGGAUCUCUCAUGGGUGCCGGAUGCGAUCUCCUACCAAAGGCUGUGUCUACGCGGCUGCUGGCGGGCAUGUGGUGGUUCUUCACGCUGAUCGCAAUCGCGUCGUACACGGCCAACCUGGCCGCCUUCCUCACUAUCAGCAGGAUGGAGUCACCCAUCAACAGCGUCCAGGACUUGGCCAAGCAGACCAAGAUCAAGUACGGCACCUUCGGCAGGGGCUCCACGGCAGCGUUCUUCAAGAAUUCUAACGACUCGUUGUACCAGCGGAUGUGGAUAGUGAUGAAGCAGGCACGGCCAGAUGUGUUUACUGACGAUAACCACGAGGGCGUGGAGCGAGUGAAGAAAGGGAAGGGCAACUACGCCUUCUUCAUGGAGUCCACCAGCAUCGAGUACCAGACGGCGCUCAACUGCGACCUGCGCAAAGUCGGCGGGCAGCUCGACUCCAAAGGCUACGGCAUAGCGCUGCCCCGAGACUCACCGUACCGGACGGCGGUGAGCGGUGCGGUGCUGCAGCUGCAGGAGCGCGGCAACCUGAGCGCGCUCAAGAACCGCUGGUGGAAGGCGCCCGAGGGCAAGGAGUGCGACGAGGACGACCCGGACAAGAACAGCACCGAGCUGGGCAUCCUCAACGUGGGCGGCGUCUUCCUCGUGCUCUUCUUCGGCACGCUCAUCGCUUUCGCCGUCUCCGUGUUGGAAUUCCUCUGGAAUUGCCGCAAGAUCGCUGUAGAGGAAAUGAUGACGCCGUGGGAGGCGGUGGUGUCGGAGCUGCGGUUCAUCGUGCAGUGCGGUCUGGACGCGAAGCCGGUGCGCCGGCGGCGGGAGCCCGCGCCCAGCGACUGCAGCGACUCGCGGCUGCACUACGGCAGCCUCUGCAGCAGCGGCCGCAAGUAG